CACACACACAGUGUAGAACGUGUAGCCACAUUGAGGUGUGUUUAUAGUGGGCUGGUCCUGGAGUUUGUUUUCUGUAUGAAAAGGAAGUAACAGGUAAAGUUUGAGUGCUCAGAACAGUAUGGCAAGUGUAGAACAUGGUCGUAUAGAUGACCCAGACAGCAAGGGAGACGUGUCGAAAUAUUUUACAGGUACACAUGAAGUACAAGAAUGUCUUGAAGGUCAAGGUGAGGCUGAUUUGGAAUUUUACAAGAAAAACUGCAAGAAAUCUCACGUAGGUUAUGUAGCAGCAGACCAGUUCACUGCUGAUCAUUUUCCUCCUGGUUACCAUGACAACGACCUGUAUGACCUCACAAAAGCCCUGGCUGACCUAACAGUCAGGAUAGCCGUUAAGUUCACCAGUCCAGACAGACCAGAGUUUGUACAAGGCACUAAAGAUCCAUAUCCUUGCUACAACACCAGGGGACAGAACUCACUGAGGACAGGGACUGGGAGGGUGUGGAGUGUGUCCAAAUACACAGAGGGGAUGUGGGACUACAGAACUUGUCCAUGUCCUGAAUGUGACCAUUCGGACACACCCAGCAAAGUGUGGUGGAAGGUUGUUGUGUUGACAGCCAGACAGGUGGUGUUUGAUGACAGUGAGGCGAGACAGUCCAGCUGUAGGUUGUGGUUUGAUUAUGAUCAAAGUCCAGCGGUCAAUAUUUAUGGACGGAAGGUGUGUGGGUCAAAUAACGAAGGAGACUGGUGUAGGGUAGAAUGUGUGACACAUGACGUAGAGGUGGGGGACAAACUGGGGGAGAUGAGGGAGAGGUUUGGGGGUCUGUGUGACAAGAUAGAAUACAAAUACAAGAGUCGUAGAGAUGUGGACAAGCUGACCAUUAUAGUGUCACAUCCUCAUGGCUGUUCUAAGCAGGUCUCUGUAGGUAACUGGGUACACAGAGAGGUAAAUAAACAAAUACUUAAAGAUAUCUGGACCAGGUACACGUACACAAAUUGUACCUGUCCAGGUAGCAGUGGGGCUGGGGUCUACAGACUGGGGUGGGGGCAAGUCCACCCCCAUUGGGGAGUCGCCUCUAAUAAACUGAGUUACAGUGGGUUGUAUGUGGAGUAUAAAUUUUAGCGCGCCACACUAGUUAUAGAAUGUGUGUAAACCCACGCUAAAUGUUGCUGGUGUAGUCACACGUUUUAUUCAUUUCAAUUGUCGUUUAUUUCUUCAAGUCAGCGAACAAAAAAAAAACAAAAAAAAAAAAACCCGACAACUUUAAAUGCCAAUAAAUGACACUUUUCUAAAUGCUUAACGUCUUUUUUUUUUAAGUUUAUUUUUUUAAAUUAAAUAAAGCUGCUAAUUUUUAUCUCUUUGAAAGUUUGAAUGGCGCAUACGGGUAGCAACUUCGUUCUGUACAAUUCAUAAAUCAUUUUUCAUAUUUUCAUUACAAUUAUAAAAUUCUAGCCGUCGGUACCCGUUACAUGUGAAUUAUUUUAAUGUUAUAUAUUGUUUGAGAAAAAUAUUUUAUGAAAAAGUUAUUGGUCAAAACGCUACGUGCUUUACUACAUGUUGAACGAUAUAAGUGACAAAGCAAAGAAAUAACUAAUUAGAUACAAAUCCGACACAUUUAAAUUAAAAUAGGCGGCUACCAAUACCUAUUAAAUUAAAACCAAGUUAAGUACAUUAUUAGUCAACACAACACUAUAUUCAAUGCACACACUAAUUAAGAGACUUAAAUGAUUCCGUUAAAUA